AUGAAUCCAGUAUUGGUGGCUCUACUAGCUUCUAGCCUGUUGGCUUUGAGCGAGGCUCGCUUUGCCAAAGUAAACAUCAAUCUGGGACUAACUGUGGCCGAUGAAUCCCCCAAACCACUUACCGAGGACAUGAUCCGGCUGUGCGGCGAGGAGACCGACCUAUCUCUCCGGGAACUGAACAAGUUCCAGCAGCAGGACUUUUCUAGUCCUUCCGAGUCCACCCAGUGCUUCACUCACUGUCUGUACGAGCAGAUGGGUCUCAUGCACGACGGUGUCUUUGUGGAGCGCGAUUUCCUGGGCCUCCUGUCGGAAGCCAGUAAUCCGGAUCACUGGCCGGAGCGCCACUGCCACAUGAUUCGUGGCAAUAACAAGUGCGAGACUGCCUUCAAAAUCCACAUGUGCCGUCAGCUCCUUAAGCAGGCCAACAAGGAUGUGGAGGUCACUACCGCAUCCCAGUCAGAUGUCCAGUUGCCUUAG